AAUCCUUUUCAUUUUCAUUCCUGGUCAAACCCUGUCGAAGAGUGUUUUGGACGGAUAAUUAUACCAGUAUGUAUGGCCACGUUCCACAAGGCUAUACAGAAGACUCAGUUUAUUUCUUUUUCUUUCUUUUUCUUCUUUCCAUUUUCAUGUUGUUCACUAGCAAUGCCUACCUUUGUCAAUGAGUGCAAGUUACGAUUUAAGCCAUCUAAACUACCCAGAGCGAAUGGGCUGUCCUUGUUGACAGCUGGAUCCAAAUAUACGACUUUAUCGACACCCGCAUUGCUACUCUUCACCAUAUCAGCAUAGAUUUCAAACAAACAUUGCUGCUGUCCAAGCGAUGUUUGACUCAAUAACUUGGCCCGUUCCGCUUCGGCGGCAGCCUUGAGUCGGAUCGCCUCGGCUUCAGCCUUUGCCUUCAGUAGGAUGGAAUCAGCCUCUGCUUGAGCUUCUGUGAUGGUCUGCAAUUUGAGUGCCUCAGCUGCGGCUUUGGCGGCCUCAAUUUUGCGGGUAUUUGCAGCAGAAUCUAAGGUUUCUUGGGACUUCGCUUCUGCCAUGGCCUUGAUCUUUUCACAGUCUGCGGCUGUUCGUUCCUUUUGCACCGCAAUCAAGUUUUGUCCUUGCAAGUUGGAAAGCUGAUUUUCGACGUGUGCUGUCGUCAAACAAUUCUGUGCAAUUUCGUUGGCCAGUUCCGUAUCCAUAAUCUUGAAGGAUUCCAUCCGAAUAUUGGCAAUAUCCACUCCAUAUCGCGUCACCUAGGGAAUAGAAGGGCGAAAAGCAAAUUCGAUGGACGUGAGAUACAAGGGACCAAACAAUGUAUUAUAUCGUAUGAGAUGCCUGUAAUUAUUCACUUACAAAAUCUUCGUGAAGUUUCGACAUAAAUUCAUCAUGUGCUCUAUCGAAGAAGUAGGAUGUAGCAGCUUGUUGGUCAAGCUCUGUAGUAUCCUCUGUUUCUUCAUCGUUCACUACUUCGGCGUUUGCGACCAUCAAAGGCUUUUCCUCUCGUGCAGCAGAUAUCUGACGACUCUGAGCAAUCUGAUUUAAAGCUGUUGAGCGAAUGAUAUUAGUCAAGGUGGCCACGGCCGUUUCUCGAACCAAAUCCUCUAAUUCUUCGGUGUUCAGGGUCUGAAUGCAUUUUUCUGGAUCCACAAUCGAAUAGAAGACGUCGGCGCGAACUCCUACCUUGACCAAGUCCUUGGUUUCACAGACAAGCAAAUCUGAAUCGUCAUCAAGUUCUUGUUCUCUCUGUUUUCCGACCUUUCCUUUCGAUUUGCCAAUCUUAUGGUGGGCUCCAUAUGUGAUUAGUCGAAUACUUCGCUGCUUCGUGGACAAAAAUCUCUCAAAUAUGUGAGUUGAACUGUCGAUGACGUGUCUUCCAUUUUCCAGAACUUUCAAAUGACCCUCAUCAUAUGUGAUCGCAACUUCUCCAGUGUAAACUAGGAUGACUUUCUUGGAUCCUAGUUCAAUGAAACGCUUCGAUGCAUCGACAAAUCCGACGAAAUGCACGUUAUUGCUGUUGAACUCGUAAAGACCUGGUUUGUCUAGAAGUAAGGGCUCGUUCUGGUUCCAUGUCAACGCAAUUGUCCCCCGGGGAACCUGUAGAAUAGUAAUGGUUCCAUGCGAUAUGCAUAGAUUAUCUGGAGAAAUUAUCUCAGUACCUUCGUACGAGAAGUUGGGUGACUCAAUAAUGUGCCUUCCCUCUCCGUAAAGGCGAGGAAGGUUAUCGCAAUUGGCCUUGGCCACUCGACCUUUUACAACAUUCAAGAUGUGAAUAGAAUCAUGACCAAUGUAUUCAUCGCUAAUAUUGACGAGACCAACGUAUUUGAAAAAGGUCGACUUGAUGAAAUGUUCUCCCUCCUUGAUGAGACGGGGCACCAACGAUUUGCCCCCAUUCGUGCCCAGGACUUCUACCCAGACCUUGGCAUUUUUACCUCGUGGUACGUUAAGGUAAUGAUAUGGGCCAUGACUGAAAUACUUUUGUUUGGCAUAUUCCACGACACCAUAAUACUGAACUGUUCCCGUGUUAAAAACAUGCGUUCCAACAUCUAGAAGAUUAUGGACUCCUUGAAUUGUUAUCAAACCAACUUGGCCUUCAAUGAUUCGAAUAAUUAACACUUGGUUGUUGCCUGCCGUGAUUAGGUUUGUGUCCAACGAAAUAUUCUUUUUGUCUGUCACCCAGUGAGCAAGACUAUCGCCCAGCAACCACCAGCGUCCUUCAGAAACGGCGUAGAACGUUUCAUAUUUCUUGUACAAUGAAAUGCAACCGGGACGGAUGGUAUGGCCCAAAAAAGCAAUAGCUCUCGAGUGAGAGGUUUUCUUUUUUUGCAUUGUACGGGAAGAGUGAUUUGUUUCGGCAUCCACUUCUGAAUCCAAAACCAUUUCAGUGUUGAUCAUGUCGACGAUAGUUUGUGGGUCGUUUUGGUCGGCAUUAGGUCCAAGAAGGGGGAGGCCUUGCAAGAAGCCAACGCAGUCCUCGAGCGUCUGGGGAAGACGAUCUUCGAUUGGAGACUCGAUGAAUUUGAGCUUUCCAAAAUCCAUGUUGGAUGGACUAAAAUAUCCUUCCACUU